AUGACGGAGAAAAUAAUUAAACGCGGUGAUAUUUAUAAGGUUGUCCUUGACCCGACUAUUGGCAGAGAAAUUAAAAAAACUCGUCGCUGUGUGGUUAUCUCUAAUAAUCAACAAAAUCUUUAUAGUCCUCUAAUAAUUGUUAUUCCUAUCACUUCGGAUAUGGAUAAACUUUACUCUUGGGAAGUAGUUAUUCAGUCAGAGGGCAAAGAAAGGAAAAUUCUCACCGACCAAAUAAGAAGCGUAGAUAAAGAAAGAAUAAGGGAAUACAAGGGUAAAGUUGGUUAUGAAACUUUAAUUAAACUAGAAAAGGCUUUGAGUGUGGUUUUAGCAUUGAGGAGGGAACUCCAAGAGUUAUAUGAUUUAACCCAAAUUCCUACUAAGGUUUUAAGGGAGGAGUUGAGUAGGAGAGAAAAGGAGAAAGGAAGUUAUAAACUCAAACUAAUCGCUUACAAUUUGGAAAAUUCUUCCGAAUUAGUGCGAAUUGAUAAUCAUCAUGGUAAAGCUCCGCAUUAUCAUAUAAACGGCAAGCAAAAGUUUUUUACUUGGAUUUCCUUGGCAGAAACAGAAAGGUUGUUUUUACAACUUACCCAAGAAAAGUUUGUAAAAGAAAUCUUUACUCAUUUGGAGGAAACUAUUAAGACUGAUAAGAAAUAUAUUCAGUCGAAAAACAUUUCCAUCACUAACGAUUUAGCGGUUAUUAAUCGGAUAUUAAGUAAAACUCG